AACCAGUUGAAAUCCCUCUCCACCGGAGCAGAGCACAGGGCGAGAGGGUCCUGCACUGCUGUACAGCUGAAAUAUGGCGGGCCGUAGAGGCGACGUGAUGUGUUCAUGGUCCGGAUCUGCUGCCAGCGAAAAUCCAUUUUCAGCGGCGUCCGAGGAGCAGAAACCGAGGAAGAGAAGCAGACCUUUCUGCCUGACCAGGAUGAAGUCCCGCAACAUCUCCUGCAAACAGCUCCAGCAUCAGCCCGUCGUGCACAACAACAACAUGCCUUUCAUGAUCCACUGCCAGAUUGGGAAAGAGAUCAAACACAUCUGCAGCAACUGCCGGGGAGCCGAGCAGCGGCACGCUGAGGAGGUGGAGAGGCUGGCAGCCAUGCGCUCUGAUUCGCUGGUCCCGGGCACACACACACCUCCCAUCCGGCGGCGGAGCAAAUUCGCCACCCUGGGACGUCUGUUCAAGCCCUGGAAAUGGAGGAAGAAGAAAAGUGAAAAGUUCAAGCAGACCUCUGCCGUGUUGGAGAGGAAAAUGUCCACUCGCCAGAGCAGAGAGGAACUCAUCAAGAAAGGAGUGCUGAAAGAAGUUUAUGAGAAAGACGGCUCUUCCCCGGCGCUACGUCAGGAGGUGAAGAUGGAGAACGGGCGUUCCCCGCUGCUGGGCUCAGGCCCGUCAGAGUCUGAAGGUACUGAGCACAUGGAAGGAGCCACUGCAGCUGUAGGCUCUCUGGAGUUUCAGUUGCCAGGUGAUGGUGCGGGUCAACAGGACCAUGCUCAGAAGUCCACUAAGAAGUCUACUGUGUAUCUGGCUGACAGCGCCGAAUCAUCACCACUGUUAAGACCUCCUACGCUACACAAACAACCUCCUGCACUACCGCCCAAACCCUUCACCAGGCUACCUAAUCACAUAACAGAUGGCACCCCGGUGAAGUUGCCGUGCAUGUCGGCCAAGUUAUCUCCUCCUCUACCUCCAAAGAAGUUUGUGAUCUCAGUACCUGCAGGGAGCAUGGAGCCCACUCUGCUCGCCUUCCAGAAGUGCCCCCCUCCCAGCCAUGCUCCAAUGGGCGGGUAUUCCCAGCAGUAUGGGGCGCUCCACCCCCCCAGGCGGAUCAUAGAGGAGCUCAACAAGACCCUGGCCCUCACCAUGCAGAGGUUUGAGAGCUCCAUGAUGCACGCUGUUCCCACGGUCAUGUUCGAGUGCGACGACGACAAAGAAAACCUCCGCAACGAGGCGGUCUACGAGGACCUGCCCGAGGAAGAUGAGGAGGAAGAAGAUGAGGAGGAGGAAGACGAAGAUGACGAGGACGAAGAAGACGAAGAUGACGAGGAAGAUGAUGAUGAUACAUUGUUUACAAGCACACUGGCCAUGAAGGUGUUACGAAAGGACUCUUUAGCCAUCAAGCUGAGUAACCGUCCAACGAAGAGGGACCUGGAGGACAAAAACAUCCUGCCCAUGCAGUCGGACCAAGAGAGAUACGAGUCUCGACAACAAACGGCUACCAAACUGACCAGACGAUUAAGUCAACGGCCGACAGCAGAGGAACUGGAACAGAGGAAUAUCCUCAAACCUCGAAACGAUCUGGAGGAGCAGGAGGAGAAGCGGGAGAUCAAGAAGCAUUUGUCCAAAAAGCUCAGCCAAAGGCCCACAGUGGAGGAGCUGAGGGAGGCGAAGAUCUUGAUCCGCUUCAGUGACUACGUGGAGGUUGCUGAGGCUCAGGACUACGACCGCAGAGCAGACAAGCCAUGGACCCGGCUAACGGCUGCUGACAAGGCUGCCAUCAGGAAGGAGCUGAAUGAGUUCAAAAGCACAGAGAUGGAGGUGCACGAGUCAAGCCGUCAUCUGACGAGGUUUCAUCGGCCGUAAGAUGGAUCAGUCCGACCUGUGCUUCUCUACUCACACACCAAGCCUCAAGUGUUCGGACUGCCACCUGCUGCUCUCUCACUGACGGACUGUACCUGAACACAGCGUGUGCUGCGGCCGUCACCGGAAACACUUCAAAGUACAAAUGGAUCAAACUCUCACCUGGAUCUCCUCAGUGGAGAUUUUACACACUUCUUGAUAUUCAAAAGGGUUUCAUUUAUUUUAAGAUGAAGCCGCAACUUGUUUACUUUGCAGCACUUUUGUUUCUGAACAAGGCGCUUGAAAUCAAACACAGAAUCUGUGCCAAGGAGGUGAAGAUAGGACUUUAUUUAUCUUUUUUACACAUGGAUUGUUUACUUGCCUUUCACCAUAAUGUCACUCUCCUUAACUGGACUGUAUAUCUUUGGCUUGUGUUGGCACUGUAUUAUUCCACAUGAAACAUCUCAAUGAUCGUUUCUCAUUUUGCCAGAGGAAUUAGAAUCUGUAGGCAGCUGCAUCUUAAGCCAAAACCCAAAAUAUACCCAUAAUUCUCUUUGCAAGAAGGAAACAGAAAAAGUAACCCAACACAAACACACAUCAACUGAGCAAUAACCUCACAGCCUCAUUGCUUCAUGUGUUAACGGGCUGCAUCCAAGAGCUCAAAAAUGUUCUCACACUUUUGAUCCCCACUUUAAGCCAAAGCAACUUGACUUGCUGUUGACGGUGCGAUCUUGAAUGCAUCAAAGAAUGACUGCUGUUGAGAGUUCAGUAACUUACUGUGUCACUGUGCCUACAGUAUUGUUUACAGGGAUUUGAAAGUUGCCAAAAUAACUUGUUUAGUUUGAUACAGACUAUCUGUCGACACAGUAACAUGUUGCAGAAUUACAAGAAACCAGGCUUUUUCUUCUUUCAUGAUUUCCUUUUUUAUUGUCUGAGACCAAUCUCUGGUGGUACAGAAAAUGUAAACCCUGCCAGCUUACUUUUCAUGGUUUACAGUCCACAUUAGCUCAAUGUAUUGCCAGUUUUUACCUUAUUAUGGGGAGGAGUUGAUCGUCGUGUCUGAGUGAGUGUGUCUAAGUACGAGCAUCGGUAAUAUUACUGUCUCUUGUACGUUUAAAACUGUUCUCAGAAUUCUAAGACUUGUAAAUAGCAAAGAAAGUAAACAAGACUUUUCAAAUGUUUUUUUGUAAAGCAGAAAAACUGCAUGUGGGUAUUAAUUUAUUGUCUUCUAUGAUGUAUGCUGUUUCUUAAAGAAAGAAACUUAUUAAAUAAAUAA